UUUUUUUUCCCUCACUGAAGCAAAUUGAAAGUAACCCCCUCACUUGCCACUAUAAAGAUUCCCAUGACAACCAAAUUUAGUGACCAACUAACUUCCUAAGUCCUAACCCUAUUUAACACCUUAUUAGCUUUGGUAGACCCAAUAGUUAGUCAUCAGAAUCCCUUCUUCUCUAUAAUAUCUAUGAUCCAUUCACUCUGAGCCGUAACAGUUCUAAACUCCACCAUUUAGUGACACCCUUAACAUGAUAUAAUGCCAUCGGUGCAUUCAAGCCCGGGUUACUCGAUGGAAAACCCGGCUUUGGCGUCGCUACUCCGUCACACGACAGGGGAAAACAAGCGUAGUAAUAAAUUGUCGAGCGGAGGAGGGCUUUUGAAAAUGUUGAAGCUGUUUCCUAUGUUGAGUUCGGGAUGCAAAAUGGUGGCACUGCUGGGAAGACCACGAAAGAUGCUGAAGGACAGUGCGACGACCGGGACAAUCUUCGGUUACCGGAAGGGGAGGGUGAGUUUGGCGAUACAGGAGGACACUCGUCAAAUGCCGGUAUUUCUGAUAGAGUUGCCGAUGCUGGCGAGCGCCUUGAACAAGGAGAUGGCGUCGGACAUAGUGAGGAUUGCGCUGGAGAGCGAGACCAAGAGCAACAAGAAGAAGCUUCUGGAGGAGUACGUGUGGGCUGUGUAUUGCAAUGGGAGGAAAGUUGGCUACUCCAUAAGGAGGAAGCAAAUGAGCGACGAUGAGCUUCACGUCAUGCAGCAUUUGAGAGGGGUUUCCAUGGGAGCGGGGGUGCUCCCCACCUCAUCGGAUCAUAAGGAUUGCGAUGGGGAAAUGACCUACAUGAGGGCCAGGUUUGAGAGGGUCGUUGGCUCCAAGGAUUCCGAAGCCUUUUAUAUGAUUAAUCCUGAUUCUACUGCUCAAGGCCCUGAGUUGAGUAUCUUCUUUGUUAGACCUCACUAGAAUAAUCAUAAUCAUAUCUUGUAUCUACCUCUUCCUAGCUUACAUUGUAUCAUUAUUAUUCUAACCAUGCAUGUAAGCUCAAAACUGCCAUUCAAUGAAUAGUCCAUCUCAUAUGUUAAUUGUUUCUUCUGUUGUGUGUUUAAUUUCACUGUUUUCUAAUCUCUUUUCAAUUGUUCUUGUUGGUUGCUGUUUAAUUUGUAAGAUCCAUCAGCUCUUCU